UACGUAUUUCGACAGCCGUGUGAGCGUGUGUGCGCGCGCGCGUCUGCUGUUGCUGCUCUCCUCGGCCCGUCUCGACUCGUCUCGUCUCAUCUCGUCACGUCACGUCACGUCACGUCACGGUCCGCGCGUGACUCUCGCGUUUCGCGCGUUCCUCGGUGCGGUGCGGUGGUGCUGUCUGGUGGUGGUGCAGCGGCGCGGAUUCGCGUGCAUCUUUAUAAUCCUCCUUGUCGCGAUCGAGAGUGAGACCGACGCGACGUGACGCGACGCGAUGUCCUCCUUCAAGGACGAUAAGGUGCCGUGCGCCCGACUCUGCCACAUCGUCAAGUGGGACGAUUUCAACGGCUACGGGUUCAAUUUGCACGCGCAGAAGGGCAAGAACGGCCAGUUCAUCGGCAAGGUGGACGAGGGUUCGCCUAGCCAGGCGGCCGGUUUGCGCCAGGGCGACCGGAUAAUCGAGGUUAACGAGAUCGACAUCGCGAACGAGACUCACAACCAGGUGGUCGAGCGCAUCAAGGCGUUCGCCAACGAGACCAAGUUACUCGUGGUGGACCAGGAGGCCGACGAUUAUUUCAGGGAGAACAACAUCGUUAUCAAGGGCACCAUGUCGAAUAUCAAGGUGAUCAAGACGCCCGAGAGGAAUCCCAACAACGUGGAGGAUCGCUCCGAUGGCAGCAACUGCUCCGCAGACGAGAGCACGCAAAAGUCCAUCAACUCCAACGACACGGCGCAUAGCGACAGCACCGUCAUGGCGCAGACGACGACCGGCAGCAAAGAAUCGUCCAACAUGCGGGAAAACGGCAACGGCGGCGUGAAUCACGUGCACGGCACGGGUAACGGUAGCCUGGGGGUCGGGGAUGGUGCGAACAACAGCGAGCCUCCCCGAUCUCAGGGCCUGAAUCUGACGAUGAGCGCGAAGGAACUUAGGGAGAUGCUGGCGCAGCGCAAAAAGUACGACCCGAAGAAGGAGACGAUCGGCUUCAAGGACAAAUUCGACAUCGUGCAGAAACUGUAGACACAUCCAUAUGCCUCCUCCUCCUCCCGUGUCAAUAAUCCUUCACUCCCUAUUCCUUCCCUUUUCGUUGUCAUCGUUAUUGUCGUUAUGCGCCCGACAAGGACGGCGACGAUAUUCCUCCUCUAAAAGAUGUAAUGCGUCUUGUUGUAACCGAUCAAAUUGUUAUCGUUAUAAUAAAUAUACGAUUGUUUAGAUUAUUCGUGGGCGCUAAGCGUGAUGAUGUCGAUAUCGUAACAUUCGUACACUUGUUUGCAACGACCGGAGGUUGCUGCGAAUAGCGCUAGGAUAACGAAAGGAGCUAAUGCUGCUUGUAUAAGUACACUGUUAAUUUUUAGUUUACACGAAAGUGAAUUUGCAUGUGCAAUCCUUGUCGCUUCCGCGCCGGAAGUUACAGCAGAUUUCGAGUCACCGGUUUAUCAACAUUUAACGUAAAACUAUGAAAUACGAAGAGAGUCGUUUUUAGCGAGAAUCAUAAAAUGCGUUUUCCACUUUUAUUUCAGGUUAUUAGUUUUUUUUUUGUACAAUUUGUUAUCAUAGAUACAUGAUAGCCCGAGAAUAACGUUUUUUUCUUUCCCGCAGUAACAAUUUAAGUCUUAAAGAUGUUCCUGUUGUAAUUAAUUACAACGUAUUUCAAUGUGUGAUUAGUGGAUAAUUAAAUCUCAUUAUUUCUCGACUCGAU